AUGGAGGUUCAAGCUGCGCCAAAAACUCUGGCCGUUGUCCGGAAAUCGUCCAAAGACAAAGAUCUCGAGUCCUGGGAGGAGAGGAAGCGAUUAGCAGAAGCGCAGAAAAAAUACGGACGGGGAAAACGGAUCAAUGCGAAGAGCGUGAAGGAUAGGAAAUUGCGAAGCAAUUUAAAGAACCUAGAAGCAAAAUAUAAAGAUGCAGCGCUAAAAGCGAAGGAUGCCGAGAUCCUGCUGGAGAACGAGCAUGGUUACUUGGAACCUGAAGGGGAACUGGAGAAAACUUAUAAAGUUCGACAAGAUGAGAUCAAGGACAGUGUGGGCAUAGAAACAGCAAAGAAGGGAUUCGAACUCAAGCUGGAGGAUUUGGGUCCUUACUCGGCUGACUAUACGAGAAAUGGACGAAAACUUUUACUGGGUGGUAGGAAAGGUCAUAUCGCAACCAUGGACUGGCGAGACGGUAAACUGGGAUGCGAGCUGCAACUUGGAGAGACUGUGAGAGAUGCCAAAUGGCUGCAUAAUGAUCAGUUUUUCGCUGUUGCGCAGAAGAAAUACGUCUACAUUUAUGAUCAUGCAGGGGUUGAGAUACAUUGUUUGAACAAGCAUGUCGAGGCCACACAUCUGGAAUUCCUACCUUACCAUUUCCUCCUUGCCAGUGUUGCUACCAGUGGAUAUUUGAAAUAUACUGACACAUCAACUGGUCAACUAGUAGCAGAGCUAGCUACUCGCCAGGGCUCUCCGACUUCUCUCUGCCAAAACCCUUAUAAUGCCAUCCUACAUGUUGGCCACCAAAAUGGCACCGUCUCCUUCUGGUCUCCCAAUUCCUCAACGGCCCUCGUUAAAGCACUCACCCACCGCGGACCCGUCCGAUCAGUUGCAGUCGACCGACAAGGCAGAUACAUGGUAUCAACGGGCCAGGAUUUACGCAUGGCGGUAUGGGAUAUCCGUAUGCUAAAGGAGGUACAUAACUACUCCGUUCCCCAACCUGGCUCUAGUGUCGCCAUCAGUGACCGUGGUCUCGCCGCCGUCGGCUGGGGUACACAGCUCAGCGUCUGGAAGGGAUUGUUCACUGCAGCAGCUGCAGAUCAAGAGAAGGUACAAAGUCCAUACAUGUCCUGGGGAGGUGACGGAAAGCGCAUCGAGCGCGUCCGCUGGUGUCCGUAUGAUGAUAUUCUUGGCGUGGCGCAUGACAAAGGAUUCGCCAGCCUGAUCGUGCCGGGCAGUGGAGAACCUAACUUUGACGCCUCCGAAGCCAACCCAUUCGAAACCUCGAAGCAGCGACAGGAAGCAGAAGUCCGAGGACUGCUUACGAAGUUGCAGCCGGAGAUGAUUUCACUCAACCCUGACUUUGUGGGCAAUCUUGAUCUCGUAAGCGAUGCCACGCGCAGAAAAGAGCGGGAUCUCGAUCGAAAACCUGAUGACAUUAUUGAAAAAUUAAAGAAUCGGGGCCGUGGGAGGAAUAGCGCGUUGCGCAAGUAUCUGCGUAAAAAGGGGGCAAAGAAUGUUAUUGAUGAGAAGAGACUCAAGGCUGAAGAGCUACGGAAUGAACGUUCCUCUAGGGCAAAAGAGAAUCUUCAGCGCCAGAAGGCUGGUUUGGGUCCCGCCCUUGGACGGUUUGCGACGGUACGAACCUCCUAG